GGCCUCAUCCUCUGUGCUGACACUGUAUCACAGAUUCUUCCUAGCUACAGUGUGCCAUUGGCCUCAUUCUGACGGGUCUUGGCACAUUACAAGAGGCAGGGCUUAUGUGUAAUGCACGUCAGGGGGAGGAAUGGCUUACAUAACUGGGACAGAUUUAACAGAAGGAGAGGAGGCAGAGACUAGGAUGGGAGCAGUAAGCUGUCGGCAGGGGCAACACACCCGUGUGGCUGCUCGCAAGGGUGGCAACAUCCAGGGCCCCUGGAGCCGAGGCUGGAAGAGCCUCUGGUCAGAAAUGGGUCCCAUCAGAUCAGGUCUGGAAGAGCUGUGGGAACUACGGGAGCAUCAGUGCCUGCAACCAAAGUCCCUAGGGCCAGCCCCACUGCUAGAGAAGCCUCUGUCUGAAUGGCCUGUGCCUCAGUUCAUCAACCUCUUUUUACCGGAAUUUCCUUUGAGGCCCAUUAGGGGGCAGCAGCAUCUGAAGAUUUUAGGCCUUGUAGCCAAAGGCUCCUUUGGAACUGUCCUGAAGGUGCUAGAUUGUGCCCAGAAGUGUGUAUUUGCACUGAAGGUGGUGCCCAAGGUAAAAGUCCUGCAGAGGAACACCUUGAGGCAGUGUAAAGAGGAGAUCAGUAUCCAGCGACACAUCAGUCAUCCUUUCAUACACAGCUUGGGGGACAGCUGGCAAGGAAAGCGGCACCUCUUCAUUAUGUGUAGCUACUACAGCACAGAUCUGUACUCCCUGUGGUCAGCUGUUGGGUGCUUUCCUGAGCCUUCCAUCCGUCUGUUUGCUGCUGAGCUGGUCCUAGUGCUGUGCUAUCUCCAUGACUUGGGCAUCAUCCACCGAGAUGUGAAGAUGGAGAAUAUCCUUCUGGAUGAACGAGGCCAUCUGAAACUAACAGACUUUGGUCUGUCCCGCCAUCUACCCCGUGGAGCCCGAGCUUAUACCAUCUGUGGUACUCUUCAGUACAUGGCACCAGAGGUCCUGAGUGGAGGGCCUUACAACCAUGCUGCUGAUUGGUGGUCUCUGGGUGUCUUGCUUUUCUCCCUGGCAACUGGAAAGUUCCCAGUGGCUGCAGAGAGAGAUCAUGUGGCCAUGUUGGCAAAUGUGACCCACUGUGACUCUGAGAUCCCAGUGUCUCUUAACCAGGAGCUCUCACUUCUACUUCAUGAGCUCUUAUGCCAGAAUCCCCUCCACCGGCUACGUUAUCUACAUCAGUUCCAGACCCACCCUUUCUUUCGGGGUGUGGCAUUUGACCCAGAGCUCCUACAGAAGCAACCAGCAGACUUUGUCAUGGAAACACAAGCUACACAACCUAAUCCAUUGGAGUUCAUGCCCUUCAAGGACUUUGACUGCGAUCUGGAAUCCUUCCUGGCAAACCUCAUCCUUGCUUGACCCUUCACUCAUGCUUGGACUGCUGCUAGAUUGGGGCCAGCUGAGAACCUGAGGAUCUUCUUCAUUGUACAACCACUUUGAAAAUCGAGUUUUUUAUUUUGUAACCCCUUACCAUUUUAUUCAAAGUGUUGGAGCCAGAUCUAAGUCAUUCGGCUGUUAGUAGCCACAACUGGUCCUAGCCUUUCCCCAACACACAGCACAUCUCUCAGUUCGCUUGUCAGAUGAGGGUGGAAACCUCUUCCUUGGCUUUACUUCUUGCUCUUAUCCUCAAGCAGCUGAAAUUGGCUUCUAUUUUUCCUUCUCCUUAUGUCUCUGCCAUGUUUCCUUUCUUGGGCAGUAGUAACAAUGGGUCCCAAGAUGCUAUUUAUGCGUUAAUUGGCUGACUGGAAACAAUAAGAAUAUUUUCCAAAGAUCUCAAAAGCUCACAUUUUUAACCUCUAAAUUUGCACUAAAAAUUGUGAUCUUGGAGCCCUAGACCAGUCUUUAAUCAGUAUAAUUUUUAAGAAUUAGAAAGUGAAUCCAGUAGCCUAGUGUGAGGAAGAAAACAAACAUAAAAGAAAAAUAUAGCUGGUUUAAAUAUGUUCU